GGCGUCGUUUCCGGAUGAGUAAGCGGUUGUUUCUACGCAUAGUCAACGACUUGGAAGCCAACUACGAUUAUUUUAAACAAAAACCGGAUGCGAGAGGGGCACUUGGAUUUACCGGUAUCCAAAAGUGUACGUCGGCAUUACGAAUCCUUGCUUAUGGUAACACUACCGACAUCAACGACGAGUAUCUAAAAAUGGCGGAGAAAACUACACGAGAUAGCUUGGAACAUUUUUGUCGCGGUAUAAUUGAUGUGUACGGUGCGCGUUAUCUUAGAAUGCCUACAUGGGAGGACCUUCAAAAGAUCUACGAGGUACAUAAUGCCGAGCAUGGUUUGCCUGGUAUGAUCGGAAGCAUAGAUUGCAUGCAUUGGCGUUGGGAUAACUGCCCGACUGCAUGGCGAGGCCAACACACACGUGGUGACCAAAAAGGACCCACUAUUAUUCUUCAGGCGGUUGCUUCACAGGACCUUUGGGUUUGGUCGGCUUACUUUGGCGUGGUCGGGUCAAGCAAUGAUAUCAAUGUUAUUGAACAAUCGCCGUUGUUAGAGGAGUGGAUUUCUGGCAAAGCUCCAAAAGCGUCGUUUUACGCAAAUGGAAACUACUACCCCCAUGGAUAUUAUUUGAGCGACGGAAUUUAUCCUAGACGAAGGAAAGGCGAUAUGCCAGAAUUAUGUGCCAGAAGCCGUUCAACAGGAGCAUCCGCAGGCGUCAAUGGAAGAAAGAGUGAGUAA